AAGAUACCGGUGCUUUCAAGCUAUGCCAAGGGCCUAGAAAACCACAUAAAAGAACGAUAUUUGAAGAAGAUUUCUGUGGUGGAAGUAGAUCCGGCGGCUUUACCGAGCGAGCAGUUGAGUCCAGAAUGCUUGCCUCCUAUAGAAGUCUCCGACUUGCUCUCGUAUUUAGUUCUAGAGACAAGCCAUUACACGAAUAAGCAAUUUAAGGCUUUCAAAAGUCUUCAGGCAUAUAAUCAAAUGGUUUCUGGCUUUGUCGCGUCAGUUAAUGGAAAGGAAAUCGCGGACAAGUAUGUUGUAGUGGCUAAAGUGCGGCAUUCCCAGAGCAUGAGAGAUCCUCUAGUGAAUAUUUGGAUCAUCACAGAGAAAGAUGGAACCAUUAUCUCGGCGCAUUGUUUAGAUUGCAAAGCAGGCCUAGGUGAAACCUGCUCCCAUGUAGCGAGUGCUCUGUUUUACAUCGAAGCCAUAACACGGAUCCAAGGAAAGCUCGCCUGUACUCAAGUGAAAUGCACGUGGGUUUUACCGGCGUAUGUGAACGCAGUACCAUACGAGAGCAAAGGAUAUCACCUGCCUUGUUUAAAUUUGAAAAGAAUGCCCAACAACCACAGAACAACUUGGAAAUGUUCUGCAUGCAAAAAAGCUAUUCCUGUUCCAGCUACCACUUGUUCUUCUUCCUCCGGUUCCGAUAGUAGUGAUGAGGACAUUGACGUUGUUAUCACCAAAGUUUGUGAGGGUGAAACUGAUAAGACUGCUGCCUUUGCAAAGAUGACAGACUCCCAUUUUGAUUUAAUUACUAGUCCUACUGGAUGGCUAGACUGUGACAUUAUUCAGCAAGCUCAAGUUUUACUACAGCUUGAGAAUGCAGCAAUUGAUGGCUUUCAGCGACCUACACUUGGUCGAGUUAGAAAUUUUGACGUUGUCAGUAGUGAAUUUGUGCAAAUUCUACAUACUGGUAACAGCCACUGGGUGUGUAUCAGCUCAGUUGGAUGUCUGCCAGGACAUGUUAACCUCUAUGACAGCCUUUAUGACUCUGUUUUAAGCCAGGAAAUAGAGGAACAGGCAAAUGAUUUGCUAGGUGGGAGAUUGGAAGCUCUCAAUCCUAUGCCAGUGCAGCAACAAAGAAAUGGCAGUGACUGUGGGGUUUUUGCAAUUGCAUUUUCUACCUGCCUAGUAUUUGGAGAAGAUCCAACAUUUGUAAAUUUUGAU